AUGAGAAAGAUAACAACGAAAUGUUUCUCUCUUAUUCUGCUAAAUUUUAUAAUUCAAGUGAACUCACUUAUAUGUAAUAGUACAAUUCCAUAUAGUCGAUGCUCAAAAAAUAGUGCCUGUGGAUGUUUUCCUAUGGCAGGCGCUGAUAACGUUGGUAUCUGCGCAUUUCUUUGGAAGUUUUGUUCUGAGCUUGUUUCAUGUGAAUCAUCACAAGAAUGUUAUAAACGAGAUCAUAUUUGUGUUCAUCAUCAUCGAUGUAAUAGUUAUCCUGUUUGUUAUCCAUUGUCAAUGAUGAAUGAAACUAUUUGUCCAUUACAAUCAAACGUGUCACAACAAAUUAAAUUCAAUAAAUGGAAUCAAUUCGGUCGAAAUAUUGCCGGUGGAAAUGGAAAAGGAAGUGAUUUAAAUCAACUCUCUCAUCCUCGAGGAAUAUUUAUUGAUAGAAAUCAGAAUAUUUUUAUUGCAGAUUCUAAGAAUGAUCGAAUAGUUCAAUGGAAAAUCAAUGAAAACAAAGGGAAAAUUGUUGUAGAUGGAAAUGGAAAUAAAACUGAUCAAUUGAAUUCACCAACAGAUGUGAUUUAUGAUGAAGAAAAUAAUUCGUUGAUCAUUGCUUAUUCAAGAAAUAAACGAGUUAUUCGAUGGUGGAAUCAAAAUCAACAAGAAAUUCUCAUUGAUAAUAUUUCAUGUUGGAGUUUAACAAAGGAUAAAUUUGGAUUUCUUUAUGUUUCUGACACAGAUAAAAAUGAAGUUAGAAGAUGGAAAAUUGGAGAAAAGGGGGAAGGAAAAUUAGUUGCUGGUGGAAAUGGAAGAGGAAACAGAACUGAUCAAUUGAAUUCUCCUCGUUUUAUCGUUGUUAAUGAUGAACAAUCGAUUUUUGUUUCUGAUUAUAACAAUCAUCGUGUAAUGAAAUGGGAAAAAGAUGCCAAAGAAGGGAUUGUUGUUGCAGGUGGAAAUAGAAGUGGAUUUUAUCUCAAUCAAUUGGCUUUUCCCCAAGGAAUAAUUGUUGAUGAUUUUGGUCGAAUUUAUGUUUCAGACACUUACAAUCAUCGAAUAAUGCGUUGGUAUGAAGGAGGGAAAGAGGGUGAAAUAAUUGUUGGUGGAAAUGGAAAUGGUCAACAGUCAAAUCAAUUGUCAUAUCCUCAAGGUUUAUCAUUUGAUCUUCAAGGAAAUCUUUAUGUUGCUGAAUGGGAAAAUCAUCGAGUUCAAAGGUUUGAUUUAAUUUUUCAUUAAAAAAACAUCAUAAUAAUUCCGAAUUUGAAAUAAAAAUGAUUCUUUUUUGAAAAAGUUUCAAUAAAAGAAAAAACGAUAUUUAAAACAAUUUGAAACAAUUGAACAAAAUAAAAUAACGCUCGUCGAGGGAGACUCGCAUUACCCUCGACUGAUUGGGUUAUACUUCAGAUAAAACUUGCGCUUCCAAAUGAUGUCUCGAGAACGGUCCUUGUCAAUUUCAACCUUUUUCAAAACUAACCAAAUAACUGUCACCGUUCUUGUUAUUUACGUAAUGUCCAUUAUUCAUGAUCAUUUUUCACACGUGCAACAGCAGUCCGCUAUGAAUAGCUACUAUGAUCCUUGCGUCUUUUAGUGAUGCGAAACUCGAAAUUUCGACUCAACUAUUCAACUAUUUUUGCUGUCUUUUUUCAAUUAUGUGAAUAUUCGACUGCUUUCAAAACUCUUCUGUUCAUCUUCACUGAAAUGAUGUCCCUUCAGAACCCUUUUACUCACUCGCAAGUGUACGAAUACUCGAAUAAUUGAACGGAAGAGUAGACUGUUGAAUUUAAGUUUCAAACGAUAGAUAUUUGGUGUUAUGACAAUCUAUGAUUGUAUACUUUUCCUCUUCUCUCUUCUCUCUUUCUCUUCCUCUUCAUAUACAACAAUUAUCUGCUUUCUUCCUUCCUAUAUGAACUUCGACAUUAGCCUCUUAAUCCAUGUACCCAACAUAGAGAUAUUGAUAGAUUUAUCUCUUCUUCUUAUUAUGUACCAUUCAUAUGAUAUUGAUAUCAGGAAUGCACUCUUAUGUACGACUGUUUCUGCUCUCUGUGUUUUGAAAAGACUA